GUUCCUCCUCGGAGCCCCCCUCUCCCCCAAAACUUCACUUGAAGUGGGAGAGGGUGGACGCCAGUUCACCAUUUAGGGCGUCUCAGAAACAAUGCUAUAAUAAACAUUCUUCUACCUGGACCUUAAUGCAAAGCUUUUGGCGUUUUCAAGACACCAAGAUACAAGAUACAUGCUUUGGAGUCGUAGGACACCAAGAUACAAGAUACAUGCUUUGGAGUCGUAGGAGAAUUGUGGAUUCAAAAGUUGUCAUAUAAGGCUUUGAGCAUUACAGUUUUGUUCACUGGGGUGUCAGGAGAAUUACCUGUGAUUGACCUACAGUAUAGACCUGUAAUGGCCAAAUACUACAGUGAAGUUCCAAGUCUGCAACAGGAUGAUUCAGUUAUAGAAGGAGUAAGUGAUCAAGUGCUUGUGGCAGUGGUGGUCAGUUUUGCUUUGAUUGCUACUCUCCUAUAUGCACUUUUCAGAAAUGUACAGCAGAACAUUCAUCCAGAAAACCAAGAACUAGUCAGGGUGCUUCGAGAACAACUUCAAACAGAACAGGAUGUCCCUGCGCCUGCUCGACAGCAGUUCUAUACUGAAAUGUACUGUCCAAUCUGCUUACAUCAGGCCUCCUUUCCUGUAGAAACAAACUGUGGACAUCUUUUUUGUGGUUCCUGCAUAAUUGCAUACUGGAGAUAUGGGUCCUGGCUUGGUGCAAUCAGUUGUCCAAUCUGUAGACAAACGGUAACUCUACUCCUAACAGUAUUUGGUGAAGACGAUCAGUCUCAGGAUGUUGUAAGAUUGCGUCAAGAUGUUAAUGAUUAUAACCGGAGAUUCUCAGGGCAGCCUAGAUCUAUUUUGGAAAGAAUCAUGGAUCUCCCCACCUUGCUGAGACAUGCAUUCAGGGAAGUGUUUUCAGUUGGGGGUCUCUUCUGGAUGUUCCGAAUUAGGAUAAUGCUUUGUUUAAUGGGAGCUUUUUUCUAUCUAAUAUCACCUCUAGACUUUGUACCUGAAGCCUUGUUUGGAAUUCUGGGCUUUCUAGACGACUUCUUUGUUAUCUUUUUGUUGCUUAUCUACAUCUCUAUUAUGUAUCGAGAAGUGAUAACCCAAAGACUGACUAGAUGAAAAAAUUAGUUUACUAGAAUAUCUGAGCUUAUAUAUUCAUGAAAGAAACAAACAAAAGGAUCCCUGGCAGUAUCAAUCACCCAGAUAUUACUUUACAAGCUUAAAACAUUUGGUUAUUGUUUGACAAAUGCCUAACAAUAUACAACUGGAAUUUUUACAUACUGCAGGUUCUAAUGAUAAGAUCAGAUUUAUAGUGAUCUACGGUUUUAUCUCAAUUCUGUGUUGUCUGUAAAAAAAAAAUAUGAAACCAAUUGAAAAGGGAUACAUUGUUUUCUUCUCCAAAUUAUUUAGCUUAAUUAGAUACAUAGUUGGAUAUUGCUAAAUGUACAAAUCAUCAUCCUAGCAGGUACCCAUACAAUAAUAGAGAACUUUGAAACUUGUCUAAGUAUUUUUGUUAAAGUCAAAUACUGUAUGAUUGGGAAAAGCCAGUGUCUCUGUGUUAGCCAAGCUUUGUGAACUUGGAGCAGCUCUGCUUUUUCAUUUUUGUCCAAUUCUUUGUGAUAACUGAAAAGGAAAGAAACUUGAACUUCAUGAUUUGACUACAUUAUCAGGCUAUGGAACACUUUAAUCAAUAGGAGAAUUAACAAAGUGAAAAACAUGCAUCUCCUGGAGGCACUUUUGACAUUCAGUUGUGACAUUUAGCCAUGAGUUUGGCCUUUUUUAUAGGAACAAAUAUUAAAGUAACUUGUAGCCAGUUGUGGUGGCUUUAUACUUGUAAUUUCUGAAUUCAGGAAGCUGAGGUGGGAGAUUGCCAUAAGUUCAAGGUCUGCCUAGGCUAUGUAAUGAGUUCUAGGUCAGCUUGAGCUUCAGAGUGAGGUCCUGCUCAAACCAAAAGCAGGGGAGUGGGUGAAAGUGCUUGCUGCCAACCCUUAUAAUCCAGGUUUGAACCUGGUUCUCACAUAGUGGAAGGAGAGAACAGAUUCUGCAAGUUGUCCUCUGACCUCCACAUGUGCAUGGUGGCCCAUGUGUGCACAGGCUUGUGUGCACACACACACACACACACACACACACACACACACACACACACACACGCACGCAGUAAAUAAGAUGCAAUUAAAAAGAAAACAUAAAAACAUCUGUAAAGGGAUUUUUUUUUUGUUUUGUUUUAGGAACCUAAGUAAUAUUGAAAGUACAUAGCUUGAUACAUUUUUUGAGGAAACAGGAUCUUCACUUCUAUUGUUAUUAGUCAGGGCCUUUGGGAAGGUACUAAGAACAUUGUUUAGAUUUUACAAAGUCAGAGUUUACAAAAGUUAAUUCUUGUAGCAAAAUGAAGACAUUUGAUUAGUUGUCUGUUUCCCUGAAGAUGUAAGUGCUAUAUUGUAGGUGGCAGUUUUUGGCUCAAAUUCAUCAUGUUUUGGGCAGAAUGAGGAAAUGUGUAUGAGAUAACUAUAUGAUGAGGCUCACCUGUAUUUUGAUGGUCCUGACACAAGAGUGUAAGGACUGUGGUUCUCUGUCUGAGUACCAUAGCAUGAGGUCCUCACUCUAGCUGCUUACUGGUGAGCAGCUAGACAGGCGUGUGCAAGGUGAUGCCCAGGGAUCCUUUGUCAUCUGAAAUUACCAUUGAUGUCUUAGCAUCAGCAUGUGUAUUUAGAGACAGGAAAUAAAGCUCAAAUCUGUCACAUUCCCACAUUAAUCAGAUUAGCUGCCAAAUAAUGAGAUUCUGAAUGAAAUGUCAAUUUAUGUUUCCUAAUUUAGACUUAACAGAGAGCUGUUGUCUCCCAUUAAAAACAAAAUACCAAAAAUAGCACUUGGAUAACAUGAUCAACACAGUUUCUCAUAAAUUUUCCUCUUAUCCUUAGGGAAUUUUGUAAGCAAGGUAGGGUGUUGUCAGCUUCCUGUUUCAGAGAUGAAACCUUCAUCCUGUGGAUGGAAAAUUGUUUUAUUUCCUAACAUAAUGGAACUAGUGUAAUUUAGGUAGACAUGAAAGCUAGUGUGAGGAGAAGCAGGAGGGAAACUGGAAUUCUUUGGAAGUCAGGUUUUCAUAAUACAUUAUUCCUUCACUGGAACAGUUUUGGUGCUUCUGAGCAGAAAACUCUAGAAGGAAGAUUCAUCAAAGGCUUCACCAAUCUUGAGUGUAUACUUCCAAGUCAAAUAAGAGUGGCACACACCAUAGAAAAACAUGGCCGCUCGUCACUAACGUGGAAAGCUGUUGAGUAGCAGGAGCUUGUUAUCAGACUGGAAAAAAAAUUUCGACCUUUUAAAAAUUCAAUGUGUGAUUUUCUGAAAUGAUUUUAUGUGCUGGUGUUCUACUCCAGAUGUCAGUUCUGUAAUAUUUGGGGUUAUUACUAAUACCUGGGAAGAGGUGUAUUGUACAAAAGUUUGUAACAUACAGAACCACUGUGUGAUUGAAGUCUUACUAAACCAAAAGGGAACAUACUGAUAUCUCAGAAUCUUACACCUCGUAUUCCCUCAUCUUUACUGAUCAUCAAUGAUAAAUGCAAAAUCAAUUUGAGAAAGUAUUCAAUCAAGUACAGUCAAUCAGUGUUUUAAAUGUCACAGUAAUACUUCUGUAUUCAGAGGUCAUGUAAAGCAACAAUUUGAUGUUUUUUAAACAACACAUAGUAACUGUCACGAAAGAGAUGGUGCAAGCCCAGGAACAGACAACAAUUUGAGCAGCUCUCCAAGGAAUGAGAAGGGAAAACUUAGGUUAACAGCUUACUAGAGUAGGGGUUCAGCACCUCCCAUCCUCAGUAUUCUAGAGGACAGCAGACUGCUCCCGAGCCCCAUGGCUGUGCAGAUGCCUACCUCAGUUCAUGCAGAAGACCAGGGGUUUCUUUCAAAUUUUGUGAUUUGGAGAGUUUGUUCAGCAUUUAUUCUUUGGAAUAAAAAUAUUAUACCUAAAAA